CUCUGCGCUCGGGCUUGCGCCGCGGCCUUUCACUACCCCGCGGUUACCCUGGCAACGGCGCCGUCGGCAGAGCGGGGACUGUGAGCCUGGCGGCAGGAUGAUGCUCUCCCGGGCCAAGCCGGCAGUGGCGGAUACCCCGCCGCCGUUAGACAGGCGAAGGAAGAAAGGGAAGAAGGUGCCGCAGCUGGAAGAGCUCCUGGCCCUGAGGGACUUCACCGGCGCGAUUGCCUUGUUGGAGUUUAAACGGCAGGUGGGUGAGCAGGAGGAGGAUACUGACCUUUGGAUGGGAUACUGUGCCUUUCAUUUGGGUGAUUACAAGAGAGCACUGGAGGUGUGACUGCUGGGUCCUUGCAAUGCUGUAAUGUACCAUUUAGGGCUUAUUGGUUUCAGUCAGUAUCAGCUAGGGAGUUCUGCACUGCAGUUCACUGUGAAGCAGAACUGUGAAGUAUAACUGGUUUUGCAGAUUCUUGCUUUCCCUAUUAAGAAAAUAUUAAAAACAGAUGAUAACUUGAAGUAUUAACAAGCAGAAAUAACCACAGAAAAAUACAUUCUAGAAUAAUGGCGAUAGUUUCUAUCUUGGGUAAAAUUAGGUGUUUUAACUAUAGUAAUACAUGGUCACAUGCACAAGAUGCAGAUGUAAAGCAGAAACAGAAUUUCUAAAGUUUCCAAGUAAAUUCACAAGGCACUUUCCCCCUUAAAAAACUGAAGAGGACACAUCCAUUGGAGAUGUUAGAAAUGCUUAGUGAAUCAAAUUGACAGUCCUAAAUGCAGAAUAGUAGUACAGGACACAGUGGUAACUUGAGUUGCAGAAUUUAAACAUUAUGAAUGUAACAAUUAAUUGCUGUAGUUAAUUUAUAUCUAGAUGUUAGGUGUUAAUGGCAGUGAAAGUUUAAAAAACAGAAAAAUGUUUGUUUACAAAUGAAGAAUAGCUUGCAAUUUCUUUGAAAUCACUUCUGCUAUUUGGAAUAUCAAGUGGGUGCUUUUAUAGCCAGAGUAGAUUUUUAAAUGUUUCCUUCAACGAAAGAGUAAGAGCUUUUUUUUUUGUUUGGUUCAUUUGAGUUCACCACUAGGUGAUGCUAUUGAUUCAGGCUUUUAAAAAUUUUAGGUAAUGCUGUUGAUUCAGGCUUUUAAAAACUUUAACAGUCCUCUUUUUCUCGGUUUUCUGCCCAAGUAAGGAACAUAAAAGGUUUGUAUGCAUGGUUUUCGGUUGGUUUGUUUGUGUGCAUGUUUUAAGUGAGAAAUCCCAGGGCCUAUCUUUCCAGAUUUAAGACUGAUCUUUGACACAGUAGUGAGUCUUGAUAACUUUGUCAUUUUGUGGUGGCAUGUGGGAAAUGAGCCUGUGCAUCUCAACCUAGUUUCUUUUGAGACAGAACACCGUGGUUGUAAUUCCCAAGCCUGUAGUAAUCAAGGAAAAGAGUGCUGACUAUGGAGGCUGAAUUGCCUUUCAGUUCUGCUUCAAGGUUGAAGUGUAAUGCUCUGCCUUCUCUGCUGUUACAGUCAUUGCUGCUGUAUUCUCAAGGACAAAUUCCUUUAUUAUCUGUAUCCUCUAGAUCUUGGAGCACUCUUUGGGGAAUUUCAAGAGCAUUGUAAAUAAAAUACAAUGGGUAGAAUAUUCUUCAAAAUUCUCCAGAGUAAUAUUCCACACAAUCUAAAUGAUUCACACUCUGAGUUGCCUGCAAGUGACAAUGCAUGGUCUAUGUCACUAUAUUCCCAGUUUGUGGUUUGUAGUCCAUAUACCUAGUGAAGAUCUUCAGAAAUUAUGCUGCUCAGUGAUACUUUCAUUUAUAAUGAUCCUUUCACAGUGAGCCAGGUGUGCUGGUUUCAUGGCAACUUUUGGAGAAGGUUGGGAGUUAGGGUUAGGUGGCCAUCAUCUACUGCUGGGCGAAGCAGGGACAAAAAGAAAAACACACAGAUCUCCAGCUCAAAGAAUAUAUUCAGAGAAAAUGACAGCAAAAUAUGUGGAACACUCACACGAGAGAUUCCACAUUUUCUUAUCAUAGACAAACCAACAGUAACAUAAUCUCUAGGUAGAGAACUAACCGCAGCUUCACUUGGGUCACACUUUCCCCUUCUUAGUGAUUCGGAGAAAACUCCAGGAACAAACUCGCCAACAGAGUUUCAAGUU